AUUGAGCCAAAGUAGAGAGCAGAGCAGAACUUCUCCAACCUUAAAAGCAGACUGAAGAGCAACAUGGCCUUAACCAGGAUCCUGCUGCUGUUAUUUCUUCCACUUCUCAGCAUUUCUAAAGCGAGGAUGCUCAGUCCAGAAAACGUGCAGCUGUUUCUGAAGGACACUAAUGACGUUCAGGAUGAUGAAGUCUGCCAAGACUGUAUCCAUAUCAUAGAGAUCCUGAAACACCUGCUAAUGGAUGAAGAGUUCCAGAAUCAGGUCCAGGGGAAUCUGAAGACUAUUCUAGAGAAUGUAUGUGACUUUCUGCCUGAGCAGUUUGAGCAGCAGUGCCACAGUGAAGUGGACAAUAAACUUCCUCUCACCCUCACCUUUAUCUCCGGACUAAUGAACCCUGGAAAAGUGUGCACUAAGCUUCACCUGUGUGAUGGUGACUUUAAACUGCAAAUGGAGGACAUUUUGAUGAAUUACAUACAGGAGACCAUAACACCAAAUAAUGCCACGAUGGAGUCCUCGUUCCUGUGCAACGCUUGCACAUACACUUUGAAUGUGCUAGACUGUCUCCUACCUAUAGCACAGACAGAGAGUGCCGUCAUCACUUUGCUGGAUGAUGUGUGUUCUGUCCUCCCCAUCAUCAUCAGUGGUCAGUGCUCACGGCUGGUUCAGAGAUCAGUGAAGAAGCUGUUUGAGGAGCUCUUGAAUGCAGCGUCGCCCAACUCCAUCUGCUCUGUGCUGCGGAUCUGUCAGAGUAACAUGGUGUCUCCUAUCUCAGACUGUGACUCGUGUCUGACUCUGGUCGUCCUGUCUCGUCUCCAGUUGGGCUCCAACGCCACUCAGCCUAAGGUUACCUCCUUCCUGCGCUCUGUGUGCCAGUCUCACCCCGGCAUCCUGCCCAAGUGUGAGAGUUUUACUCAGCGCUAUGGCGAGCAGCUCCAGGGAAUUCUGGGUAAAGAGGCAGUGGCUUUGGAUGCGUGUGAGAGAGCUGAUCUGUGUUUGAGGAGUGAGGCGGCUGGACAGGGAGACGUUGGUGACCCCUGCACACUGGGGACGAGCUACAGCUGCCGAGAUCUACAAACUGCUCAUGCCUGUGGGGUUGUCUCUUUCUGCCAGAAGAAUGUGUGGAAGUAGAAGUUUGUUCUCUGUUGGAUUUCAGCCUCACAGCGCUUCUUCUCGUUACAUCAUCAUCAACACAGACUAAACACGCAGUCUAAAAAAGAUUGUACAGAAUCGUCUGUUUGCGUUUUUAAUCUGGGUAACGAGGUGAACCUGAGCUCUGACCUGCUGUUGUUUGAACAAAUCUGAAAAAAAAAAAAUGAUCAAAGAUCAAAUCAGCCAUCGAGGCACUGACUCUUCACACAUUACACAAGUUCUGGACACCAUUACCACAUUGAGGUUUUUGUCUAAAAAGUAUUUUUUCUUCCUCUGUAAUCUUGUAACCAUCACAAGAGUCAUUGUUAUCUGUGUUUUAAAAUGAUUAAAGACAUAAUUGUCAAGACUA